AUGACGGUGACAGCCCCACAGCCGUUAGACUUGUCGCACCACUACUCCUAUACUGCCAAAAAUCGUAUCCCCAGUUCUGUGAAAAGCUUCUACAAGUAUUAUUCUGUUCCGGGCAUUGCCAAUCUCGCGGGAGGUUUACCAAACCCGGCGUACUUCCCUUAUGACACGCUCGAGGCCACAGUCGCCAAGCCAGAGCGCCUAAAGCCCAGCACCGACGCAGACUCAAAACCAGAUCGAGUUAAUGUACCUAAACUAUCGCAAACCGCCGACAUUCAAACACGGAUAGACUUGACUACUGCUCUUCAGUAUGGAACUGCUGAAGGAUAUCCUGCCCUAUUGGCUUUCCUACGCCAAUUUGUCCGCAAUCAUCUCCAUCCCAAUGUGCCCUAUGAAGGAGGGGCAGAUAUCAUUCUAAGCUGUGGUAAUACCGACGGCUUUUCUAAGGCUCUUGAUCUUUUUGUCAAUCCUUGGAAUCCGCACCGAGAUUGGGUUCAUCAACGAGAAGGAAUUUUGUGUGAGGAGUUUACAUACAUGAAUGCUAUUCAAACUGCUCAACCUUUGGGCUUGAAUAUAGUGGGCGUGGCGAUGGAUGGCGAGGGGAUGCGUGCUUCAGGCAAAGGAGGCCUCGCUGACGUGUUAGAAAAUUGGAAUUUUCGACAGGGUCGUCGGCCUCAUGUUAUGUAUACGGUGACGGUUGGUCAAAAUCCGUCGGGUGCUGUGUUGCCAAUCGAACGGAAAAAGGAAAUAUACGCCAUCUGUCAAAGAUAUGACGUGGUUGUUGUUGAAGACGAGCCAUACUGGAACUUGCAGUUCCCAUCUGCAUACGAAAUGGAGGCACAUGCACGUGGCUUAUCAGGUACAUCGUCACGAUACAAUAAGAAGCAAGGAAAGUCGUCGGGUUAUUCAUUUCUCGAUUCAUUGGUUCCCUCAUAUCUAUCAAUUGAUACCGAUGGCCGAGUAGUAAGACUCGACACGUUCUCGAAGACCAUUGCUCCGGGUAGUCGACUUGGCUGGAUUACUGCUCAGCCCGCUAUAAUCGAACGUCUGACUCGUAUCACUGAAUCCUCCACGCAGCAACCAUCUGGAUUUGUGCAAUCAAUUAUUGCUGAAACUAUUAUGGGAAACCAAUGUGGGGAUUCAAAGUCUCGAGUCUCCAAGGUACGAGAAGGCAAAGGGUGGCAGAUGGCCGGCUGGGUCCGCUGGCUUGAAGGGUUGCGAGCCGGUUAUGAGAAGCGCAUGCAGGCCAUGUGCACCAUUCUAGAAGACAACAAGUUCUUUCUCUCAGAAGACUUCGAGAGCUUCCCCUCUGCAACCACAAAUCAGGCUGACGGUUGGGAAAUAAUUGACCGUAUCCAGAUGUUUAACUUCGUUUGGCCAAAGGCUGGCAUGUUCGCCUGGAUAGAGGUGUAUUUUGAGACUCAUCCUCUUCGAUCCCAAUAUAGCUCUGAAAAGAUCUCUCAGGCUCUUUGGGUUCACUUGACACGAAAGCCGACUCUAUGCCUAGUUGGCCCAGGCAGCAUGUUUGCUCCUACUUCGAAAUCUUUAGAGCGGGCUCACAGGUAUAUACGCAUUUCUUUCGCACCGAUGGACCUUGAAGAAGUUGCACCAUUCACUAGCAGACUUGUGCAUGGAUUCCGAUCGUUUUGGAAACGCAAGAAUUUGGAUGACUUGGAAGAUGAUAUUUCUAAUUUAGAUAUGCUAGCGGUACGGGCAGGCUCCAGGGCCCAUUUUUCAGCAACGAGCUAUUGA